AUGGUCAAGUUCGACACUCACUUCGUGUCGAUCACUCCUGCGAUCAGAGGAGUCUUCCUUCGUCUGUUCUGCUCGUUCGGAUGUCUGAGUCCCUGGCAUAAGGAAGGGGGCGGGAUGCUUAAAGUUCUCAUGGAGAAGAAACUGGCUUUGCAUUUGGUGCCUCUUCCUCCCACUGUGGCACCUAAGCCAACGCUGAUGUUUCCCUGCGGAUCGAAGACGCUGGCGACAUCUCCAGGACUUCUUUCUUAA